UGGUCUGACAGAAAAACAGGCACACACUCGCUCACUCGUUCGCUCACUUUGCCUACUGGCUGACUAACCCUGUCUAAUCAUUUCCUCCUUUUCAGUUCACACGCUUCUAAGAAACAACUGUAUGUAAAGAAAAUAAAAAAAAAACGGCUCUAUGUAAAGGAAAUAAGGAACGACUUUAUGUAAAGGAACUAGGGCGGAAAGACAACAUCCCAUUUCCCUCACACUCUCUGUUACCCAAUAUCAAGACCUGUUUCCUGACCGUCAAGUAUUCAGAAUAGAACCAGACAUCUCACGCAGGAGACAUGGGCCGCCAGACCUCUUGCUGGGAUAACUCUGUGGUCUUCCUGCUUCUGUUGGCAUCCACAGCACAGAAGACAGUAGUAGCAGGCGCAGUGGUAUUCCCGGACGCUGAGCCCUGCACGCUGCAGACGGGCGAGCAGGGCUUCUGUUUGCCGCUGCCCGAGUGCCCGCCAGUGCUGGAGACGAUCAGAGAAAAGCGUCCAGUCUCGUGUGGCUUCCAAGGAUUUACUCAAAUUGUGUGUUGCCCGAAGAGUCAAAACACCACAGCAGGCGAUAAGGUAGUGGACAUUUCCCCUCCGUCAGCAUACGACGCACUGGACUGCGGGAAAAGUGCGGUUAAAACCAUCCGGAACUUCGGACUUGAAUCCGGGCUAACGGCGAGCGGCAUCUCGAGUCGAAAGAAGCGAGCUAAUUUACCUUUUGAACCAGUGCCAGGCCCAAAACCACUGCCGGUUGGGCUUUUCCAACCUGGAGGAUUUCUUAACAAGCCUGAAGUUAUUGGUGGAGAGAUAUCGAGGAGGAACGCUUGGCCAUGGAUGGCACUGAUUGGACAGCGAGACGUAGCGGGCAUCAACUGGUUCUGCGGUGGGGCACUAAUUAAUGAAUACUGGGUCCUUACGGCGCUCCACUGCUUCCACGACAACAAGGCCGAGGUGGUGCGUCUUGGCGAGCAUGACUACAACGACGAUAAUGAUGGGGCUGACCACAAGGACAUUCCGGUGGCGGAGAUGAUACAGUAUCCUGACUACAUUUACCCACAAGGCUAUCACGACCUGGCCCUGCUCAGGCUGGAACGCAAAGUCGUGCUGCAGAAAUUCAUCUUACCCGUGUGUCUCCCUUGGGGAAGCAAGAGCGAAGAGAACAUCGUGAAUAGCAGGGCAACAGUGGUGGGUUGGGGACACACAUUAUUCGGAGGGUUCCCAAGCUCCGCGCUGAUGGAGGUGGACGUGCAGGUGUUCCCUUCCUCCAGAUGCGAUAGCAGCUAUUCCUCCCUCCCUCAAUACCCAGACCAGUGGCCGCGCGGCAUCGGGAAAGAGACCCUGUGUGCCGGGGAUGUUAAGGGCGGCAAGGACUCCUGCCAGGGCGACUCUGGUGGACCUCUGGUCACUCAGGACAGCCGAGGGCGCUACGUGGCGGCGGGCGUCGUGUCGCAAGGCUACGGGUGUGGCCACAAGGAUUACCUCGGCCUGUACGUCAACCUGCGCCACCCAGCUUACCUCGCCUGGAUCAAGAAGGUGGCUUUUGCGCCUCAAUGAGCGGCGCCUGACAACGAAGGCAGUGCUGUGGGAGGUCAUGGGGUAGAAGUGGGGGAGAAAGAAACCAUGUCUCAUUGAUUGAGAUGAAAUCGAAUUCGGGAUUUAGCUAUUGCCGCUUAACACAAAAUGGUGGAAACCUAUACUGGACUACGCUGAAGAAAUUGUCUCACAACAGAGGUCGCCUAACAUUUUUUUUUAACAGCAUAAAAACAAUACCUGUUGCAUGAAUCAAUGUUUGGAAAGAAAAUAAGUAAAUAAAAAGUUUUGUUUUAAUUUUUUUUCCUAGAAUCAAUGUAUAUUCGCUACUAUUUACUUAAACAUGUAGGUAAAAUUACUAUUUCUACAUUUUUCAUAUCUUCAGUUUCAUAACGACCCUUCUAUGGAUGACAUAACAAAUAAAUAGGGAACCCUGUCACACUCCUUCAUUGUUUCUUUGUUGGGUUGCAAUUCCCAUCCCGAGUAGUGACAGUGAGGCAGCAUUGGGGGACUUUAUUGGCUGUAACCCAUCAGGAUCACUCGAUUACAACCAAUCAUCAUCAUUCAAAAGUGGCACCAGUAAAACACAACGCGACUGCACAGCCUGGAAGCAAGCUGCAUGUCAGUCUGCAACAGUAAACUGCUUACUUCCUGAGUCUUCGCAGCGUCUCCUCUCUUUUGAUUCUUGCGGCGACCCGAGGGACAAGUUUGAGAACUCAAAGAAGCAUGCGAAAUAUUGCAUUAAGAGGUAAUCGAGUGUUUUGCUUAUUUCGUAUUUACUUGCAAUGUGCUUGCACCACCAAAUUUAGGAGAUUUUGUUUUAUAGGAUGAAAAUGCUGUAUUUUACCAUUUGAUAGAUCACUGCUAAAGAUUACAAAUAUAUAAAAAGUUAUACAAGCACAUCA